UCGAGUGAAACGGUCGCAAAAUAUUCUAGUAGUGCUAUGAUUGGCAGUAAGUAAGGGAACAGCAUCCCAGUUGAAAUUAUAAACGAUUCUUGCUGUUGGUCGGAUUAAAAAUAAGUUGUGCGAAGUGAUUGAUAAAGUCAGAAAGCAAAGUGAUAACACGUUACUUAAUCGGUGCAAUGCAAUAAAAUAACUCGAGGAAGCAGAAUAAAUCCGUUUGGAACUAACAAAAGUUUGCACCGAAAUGAAACCGUUCUUGGUGAUGUCCUUUGCCUUCCUGGCAUGUCUCGGAUUAGCAGAAGGGAUUAGUUCGAGAGAUUUGUACAGCUACAUCAACGAACCGAGCGAGGUGCUACCGCGUGGAGACGAGGAAUUCGUUGAAGUGAAACUGUCCACUCCGGUUCAUUUUUACAGCGAGAAAUACGAUCACGUCUAUAUCAACACCAAUGGCAUCUUGACAUUUGGUUCGGAGUUUCAGAAUUUCCUCAAUUUGCCUUUCCCAAUAGAAUACCCAGCAAUCGCACCAUUCUACGCGAAUGUAGAUACCACGCUGCCGAACGAUACGGCCGCCAUAGUGUAUUUUCAAACACAGGACAGCGAAUUGCUUGAUCAUGCCAGUGAUCUGGUGCGUAACAGUUACAGUGAAGCGGUUGAUUUCGUAGCUAGUCGCUUGUUUGUGGCAACCUGGGAACACGUAGGACAUUUUAACAUGAAAAAUGAUAUCACAAACUCAUUUCAAGUAGCGUUGAUUCUUGGCGAAGAGGAGACCUAUGUACAAUUUCUGUAUCCGGAAAAUGGAAUCAACUGGGUACAAGGGGACACUUCUGAAUCCGGGCUGCCAGAUGUUCGCGCGCAAGCAGGGUUCAUAUCCGACGAUGGAAGAUUCUUCCCGUUGCAGGGUUCGGGAACGGAUAAUAUACGACAUCUGACUGUGUCAUCGAACGCUGGUGAGCCGGGAACAUGGCUGUUCAAAGUAGGUCCGCUAGAUCAGGAAAUAAAUGUUGAGGAACCUAACAUGAUAGAUCAGGGUGCUGCAUAUGAACCCCGCACUUGUGCGGAAGGCGGUCAUUUCAAGUGUCAUUCUGCCGCAUCGUGCAAAGAUACGAGUAGCGGUUUCUGCUGCACCUGUAAAUCCGGGUAUUACGGAAACGGGUUCAGCUGUGUGAAGAAUGAUGUUCCGUUGCGAGUUGUCGGUGCAGUGAAAGGUAAAGUGAAUCACUGGACCGUUGACACUCAAAUGCAGUCGUAUGUUGUGAUGGCCGACGGUCGAACUUACACAGCCUUAAGCCCACUAGAUGACGAUAUCGGUACUACACUACAAUUGACUCAUGCUCUUGGUGCUAGUAUUGGUUGGUUGUUUGCGAAACCUAUCGGAAAUACUAUGAAUGGCUAUCAGGUCACUGGCGGAAAGUUCAAUCAAACAACGAAUAUCGUUUUCAAAGAUAGUAAUGACAAUCUACGAAUGGAUCUUCGGUUCAACGGACUAAACUUGUGGGAUCAACUUUCGGUUGACAUUAAUAUAGAAGGUCACGUUCCAUUCAUUCCUUUGGGAGACAAAUUACAAAUUGAAGACUAUUCUGAGAUGUACCAAAGAGCCGGUAAAGAUCGCUUCGAAGCUUACACAUCUCAUACCGCACAUAUACCUUCGGAGGAUCGUGAUUUGGAGUAUAGUGUUCACCAGGUGAUCACUGUCGAACCGUGUAAGUUCCUGGAUCAGAAUGAUGAUGCGAUCGCCCAAAUUUCGACACUAAAAACCAGUAAGAUUAACCUCGGUUAUGAACAGCGCGAAAAAGCUAUUCGUAUGGGAAUGUUGAGCAAGAUCAGUUCUGGCGAAAAACUUAAUCCAUGUGAUGAUGCAAACUGCGGAGAUAACACAAUCUGUGUGCCCAAUACCGACGAUUCUUAUGAUUGUAACUGUAAAAAUGGAUUCACCUACGUACCAUAUACCAACAACGAUCGUGUGAACUGUGUCGAUAUUGAUGAAUGUUCCGGCAUCAACAUCUGCGAUGAAAAUGCUCGCUGCAUCAAUGAACCGGGUGGGUACAAGUGUGACUGUAUUGCUGGCUACGAAGGGAAUGGCUAUCAAUGUGAUCAAAUUGGACUGCGAUCCACUGCUGCAUCGUUCGUCGUUCCGACCCCUGCAAACACGUACUAUGAGGUUGAACCACAGACUCCGGAAACAAAAAGUGAUCGUUGUGAGUAUUGUUCAGAAAAUGCAGACUGUGUCAGUGGCCAAUGUGUAUGCAAAUCGGGAUUUUCCGGUGAUGGUCUGGUGUGCGAAAAUAUUUGCGAGGACGAUCAGAUAUGGAAUGGGGAAAGCUGCGUUAAACAUGGAUCUACCGAGGAAUACGAGAUUGCACCAUUCUGCACUGCCCAAGGAUGCACAUGUCCAACAGGAUACACUCUAAUUGAAUACGCUUUUGAUCAAAUUUGCCGCUUGAUUGAAGCACAACCGGACGAUACGCACCUACCUUCGUGUGACGUGGGGAACGUUUGCAGUCCACUGGCAAACUGCGAAUGGAACGAAAAUCAAUAUCGGUACGAAUGCGUCUGUAAUCCGGGAUAUGACGGUAACGGAUACACCUGCGUUGAAAAGGAAGUAUCUUGUUUAGACGAGGAAGAUAUUUGCGACCAGCAUGCAUCCUGUAAUUACAUAGUGAGCCUGAAAAAAUCCAUAUGUGUGUGCAACAAAGGUUAUGAAGGCGAUGGACGUAGUUGUCAGCUAGCUCCGGAAUGCGCAGUAGACGAUGACUGUGGGAUGCAUUCAACUUGUGAUGAUGGACUAUGUGUCUGUCAGGAUGGAUUCGAACGAGACGUCUCGGAUUUCUGCGUUCGAAUGGGAUCAUGCGGUGGAGCCUAUUGUGCGGAGAAUGCCAUCUGUAAGUGGGAUAACGUUCAGGGUAUUCCGUACUGCCAUUGCCCAGAAGAAUUCAUUGGAGACGGUGUUACUCAGUGCAAAUCGGUUCCGCCACCAUGCAACGUUCGCAACAACUGUGGUUUGCAUGCAACAUGUGGACCAAAUUUCAGAGAACCGUCUAAGUACGAAUGUAUCUGCAAUCCCGGAUUCUUCGGGGAUGGUUUUAUUUGCACCCCGGAACGUAACUGUGCCAACAUACCAAGUCUUUGUAACCCUAACGCCAGGUGUGUCUCAACUACUACUGGAUAUCAAUGCAUUUGCAAUGAAGGCUUCAUUGGCAACGGAAGUGUCUGCAGAACUGCUCCUCGCUUGGAUUCUGGUUUCUUGCUUAUCAGUCAGGGUGUGGCUAAUGUUAAAGUUCCUAUCAGCGGUACCCGUGCUGUACCAUUAACGAUGGCUCAAAUGGCGAUUGGUGUAGACAAAGAUUGUGCCGAAGGUCGUAUUUUCUGGAGUGAUAUUUCAGCGAAGCAAAUAUUCAGCUGUAAAUACGACGGUACAGAUCGUAAGCCGUUCAUUACGAAGGAUAUUAUUUCACCGGAAGGCGUGGCCGUCGAUUGGAUUUCACGCCGACUGUAUUGGACAGAUUCGGCGAAGGAUACCAUUGAAGUUGCAAGUUUAGAGGACCCAAAUCUGCGGGCAAUUAUUGUAUCCAAGUACUUGGUGAAUCCAAGAGGCAUUGCUAUCGAUCCACACCAAAGUAAGUUGUAUUGGUCGGAUUGGAAUCGUGAAGGACCAAAGAUCGAGUGGUCCAAUUUGGAUGGUACGGAACGUCAAGUAUUAGUUAGUGGACCACAAGUAGAACUGCCAAACAACAUUCAAGUAGCACCUGGAACUGGUGAGUUAUGCUACGCAGACGCGGGUACCAAAAAGGUCGAAUGCGUAGACACCUAUACCAAACAGAUCCGAACGGUAGCGAGCAAUUUAACGUAUCCCUUCGGGUUAGCCAUCACGGAUGAUCAUUUCUAUUGGACCGACUGGACAACGAAAAAAAUUGAAUCAAUCAAUGCCUACGGUGAACGUGAGAAAGGAAUCCCAUCGCCAGUGUUUGGUAGUCACAAAAUGUACGGAAUGACUGCGGUUACCGACAAAUGUCCCCUGUUCCAUAGCCCAUGUGUUCUCAAUAAUGGCGAUUGUCCGGACAAACGGAUCUGUUUGACAAAUCCUAGGGCACCUUCCGGUAGAGGCUGCAAAUGUGCCGACAAUAAUAAUUGCAAUGAUGUUAUACUAGACUAUUAGGUCGAUUUUCCCCGAGGACAGUCUACUCGAUAUAAGAAACACAGAUUGGGAAAAUAGUUCUCAACGGAAGAAAUUGAACUAGAUAUGCGUCGUCAAGAAACAUACUUCAGGACAAAUGAUAGUGGUGCCUUAUACUUAGUACUGUGACACAAUUCAUUUUUCAAAAUAAAGUUUGAUUUAAAUGUAAGUGAUAUAGUCACCGAUCUUAGACAUAAAAUCCUUUUUUAAAAAUUUAUGAAAUAAAAUAAAAAAAUCUGUCUGAG